AUGUCGGUAAUAUUAAGAGGAUUAUGGCAGGGUUAUGGAUACUUAGUUGAGAACGCAGCCGAUCCACUUUCAAAAAACUGGUUUUUAGUUUCAAGUCCUCUAGUUCUUGUUGUGAUCCUAGCCUUUUAUAAUUAUUUUUGCACCACAAUCGGACCUUCGUUAAUGGAAAAUAGAAAGCCACUUGUAUUUAAAAAUGUCUUGAAAGCGUAUAAUUUAUUUCAUAUUAUAUUAAGUGCAUAUAUUUUUUACGAGGCUACUGUCGUAAUGUUUUUCACGGACUUCAAUUUUUUUUGUCAAAGCGUACAUAGCUCAAGUGAUCUUAAUGCUCUGCGGAUUGUGUCAGGAGUUUGGUGGUAUUAUAUGGCAAAAUUGACGGAGCUAUUCGAUACAGUAUUCUUCGUUUUAAGGAAGUCUUAUAGACAAAUAUCGUUCUUGCAUCUUUAUCAUCAUACAGUAAUGGCCUUCGCAAGCUGGCUGGCUGUCAAAUUUUAUCCAGGGGGCCAAGCUUUAUUUGUUGGUUGGCUUAAUUGUUUUGUACACAUUGUAAUGUACACAUAUUACUUUAUAUCUGGCUUGGGACCAAAAUAUAAAAAAUACCUGUGGUGGAAGCGAUACCUAACUAUAAUGCAAAUAGUACAAUUCGCUUUGAUAAGUUUGCAAAACAUAAUCAGUUUAUUUUUUGACUGUGGAUAUCCGAUAGUUAUUAAAAUGUUAUUAAUUGCUGGGACAAGUGCAUUCACAUCAACCCACCGCCCGCAGGCAGAUGCCAGCGGCACGGCGCCCACCGCAGACCAACUGGCUGCCGAACUAUCACAACCGCCGCUAAAGGAUUGUUCAUCCUUUGUGGCCCAGCCUUACUCUGGUGUGCGCAACGUUAUCUGGGAAGCGUUUGCCAGACAGUCUUUAGAUAAUGAUACUACUGACACAAUGAUUCAGCUGUUAUCUAAUUACACAAUGCGGCAAUAUAAUACAAAUUAUGGUUUUCGUUUUUCGAUAAAAUUGGCUUGGGGCUGGGACUACAAAUGGGUCUGUGAGCCCAUUGAUUAUUCCGAAAACCAUAAAGCAAUCAAAAUAGCUUACCUGGUUUAUGCUUAUUAUUUAUUAAAGAUCGUUGACCUCGCAGACACUAUAUUUUUUGUAUUAAGGAAAAAAGUUAAUCAAGUUUCAUUCCUUCACGUGUAUCAUCACACCGGUAUGGUCAUAUUAACAUGGGGUGGUGCAACGUACUUUCCAGGUGGGCACGGCACUUCCGUCGGAGUAAUAAACAGUUUUGUUCAUGUUGUAAUGUAUUCUUAUUAUUUAUUGACUGUAGCUUUUCCCAGCAUCAAGAAAUCACUGUGGUGGAAAAAAUAUAUAACGGAGCUACAAAUUCUACAACUUGUUUUGAACACCAUCCAUAUGAGUACUAUCGUAUUCAAGCCGGACUGUGAAUAUCCCAGGUGGACCGCUGCAAUAUUUCUCCCACAGAAUAUAUUUAUGCUCAUGCUGUUUUUUGAUUUUUAUGUCAAUGCUUAUGUUAGAAAACCUAAACCUGUAGUCAGAUCUCAUGUUGUUGAUGAGACGUGUGGCGUUAACGAAACUGUUAGAGAAAAUAAUGUCCAAUAUAAAAAGAAAAUACAAUAA